AUGUCUAACAAACCCAGUAUGGUUGAGACUGAGAAAUUCAGUAAGUCAAAAUUGAAGAAGACAAAUACAAAAGAAAUAUCUCCUACAUUUUCAAAAGAAACCAUCAAAGAAGAGAAGCAAGCAGGUGAAUCAUAA